GCAACCGAGCAGCAACAAGCACUAUCAUGAAGUCCACGGUCGCCGUUAUCUUCUUCGCCCUUCUGGCCACUGCUAUGGCCGGAUACUUCGGGGGCUACGGUGGCUACGGAGGAUAUGGAGGAUACGGUGGCUACGGUGGCUAUGGAGGAUACGGCGGCUAUGGCGGCUACGGUGGUUACGGCGGCUACGGCCACCCGGUCGGCCGCGCCUUCGCCUACCACACGCACAUCAACCACGGUUACGGAGGAUACGGAGGCUACGGCCUGGGCGGCUACGGCUACGGAGGACACGGAUACUACGGUUGA